GAACCCCUCAUCCUUUUCUCUUUCCAUAUUUCUCUCUCUCUUUGCUAAGCAGCGAAGAGAAGGAAUAAAAGGAUAUCCAGAGAAAGAAGAGAGACUGUAAAACGUCUCCCUCUUCCGCCUCUCUUCUUCUUCUAUCCCUUUUGAAAACUCUUAAAUCUCUUUCUGCACCAACCGUCUUCUUCUUCUUACAGAAGAAAUACUUAUUUUCUAGAUUCGGCGGCGAUUUUAUUGAAAUCGUUCCGAUUUAGCUCGUAUUUGUUUUAGUUACAAAGAUCUGUUUGGGUAUUCUAUCAUCAAUCUCAGAGAGUGAAAAGUGAGGUAUGCAGGCAGCAGAUCAGACGGUGUUGAGUUUAAGGCCUGGUGGUGGAGGCAAUCGAGGAAGCAGAUUUAGUGCGCCUCGUUUUGAAUCUGCUGUGUUUGGUAAUUCUGGUGGUGGUUCAGGUUCUGGUUCUUCAUCAGCAGAUCUUCGUCCUCAUGGUUUCUCAUCAUCUCUCAAGCCUGGAGCACGGUUUGAUGGUCGUGAGUGUGUUCGGUACACUAGAGAUCAACUUCUGCAAUUAAGGGAGGUUGUUAAUGUCCCCGAGGGUAUUCUGAAAAUCAAACAAGAACUUGAUGCUGAAUUUGGGGAAGAUCAGACCUGGGGUCGUGGAGAUGCCAAUGCCAAUGCCAGUACCAAUGCCAAUGCAAAUGUGCAGCCCCCAACCCAGAGUCGUUACUCAGAGCCGGACAAUCGUGAUUGGCAUAGGCGGUCACCUCAGUUGCCUGGUCCUGGAGAUGCUCCUCAUUCUGGUCGGCCAGAUUCGAGACCGCAGGAGAACCUGUUUAACCGCCAAGACCAGUCGAACUUGCAGUCCUCUAGGGCACAGGUAGGACCUGCUCCUCCUCUUGUGAAGGCUGAGGUGCCAUGGUCGGUUCGAAGGGGAAAUCUCUCCGAGAAAGAACGUGUACUGAAGACGGUGAAAGGUAUAUUGAACAAGCUGACACCGGAGAAGUUUGACCUCCUCAAAGGCCAACUGAUUGAUUCUGGGAUCACAACCCAAGACAUUUUACAGGGUGUUAUCUCUCUUAUUUUUGAGAAGGCUGUGUUAGAGCCAACAUUUUGUCCCAUGUAUGCUCUUCUAUGUUCUGAUCUGAAUGAGAAGCUACCACCUUUUCCUUCUGAUGAGCCUGGAGGAAAAGAAAUUACUUUCAGGCGCAUCCUCUUGAAUAAUUGCCAAGAAGCAUUCGAAGGUGCUGAGAAUCUGAGGGCAGAGAUCAGGCAGAUGACUGCCCCUGAUCAAGAAAUGGAACGCAGGGAUAAAGGGAGAAUGGUGAAGCUACGUACUCUAGGAAAUAUCCGACUUAUUGGAGAACUCCUGAAACAGAAAAUGGUGCCUGAAAAAAUUGUUCACCACAUUGUUCAGGAAUUGUUGGGUCCUGAUCUUAAGACUGUUCCAGAUGAAGAGAAUGUUGAGGCCAUUUGUCAUUUCUUCAAUACAAUUGGCAAGCAGCUAGAUGAAAGACCCCAGACCCGUCGUAUUAAUGAUUCCUAUUUCAUCCGGCUAAAGGAAUUAGCAACACAUCCUCAGUUGGCUGCACGGCUGAAAUUCAUGGUUCGUGAUGUAAUGGAUCUUCGAGCGAACAAGUGGGUCCCCAGACGCGAAGAGAUUAAAGCAAAGACCAUUACUGAAAUCCAUUCGGAGGCAGAGAAGAAUCUUGGUCUCCGUCCAGGUGCAACUGCAAAUAUGAGAAACCGUAAUGCAGGUGCUAUGGGGAGUACCAGUCCUGGAGGAUUCCCUAUGAACCGCCCUGGAGCUGGUGGUAUGAUGCCCGGGAUGCCUGGAACAAGAAAAAUGCCUGGGAUGCCUGGGAUCGAUAAUAACGACAACUGGGAAAUACCUCGUCAGCGUUCAAUGCCAAAAGGUGAUCUUGCUAUGCAAUCCACUACUCGUCUUCAGUCUGGGUUAAUGAGCAAACCAGGAUCUCUCAACUCGAAAUUGUUGCCUCAAGGUAGUGGUGGAAUUAUAACUGGCAAGACUAGUGCACUUCUCCAGGGUGCAGGUGGUUCACCUGCGGCUGGCCGCCCUAAUUUAUUACCUGGUUCAGUUGUACAAAACCAGGUACUUGCUAAACCUGCUUCUCCGGCUUCAGUGAUUCCAGUGUCGGAGAAAACAUCAGUUCCCACUUCAAAAUUGAACCUGGCUGAUCUGUGUAAGAAGACAGUUUCUCUUUUAAAGGAGUACUUCAGUGUUCGACUUCUCGAUGAAGCCUUACAGUGUGUUGAAGAGCUAAAAGCUCCUGAUUAUCACCCUGAGGUUGUCAAGGAGGCUAUUGCUACUGCAUUGGAGGAGAGCCCACCUUGUGUAGAACCAGUUGCAAAACUUUUGGUGCACUUGUUCAGUAAGAAGGUAUUGAUUUCUCGGGAUAUUGGAACCGGGUGUCUACUUUACGGGUCAAUGUUAGAUGAUAUUGGAAUUGAUAUACCAAAAGCACCAAGCAAUUUUGGCGAGAUAAUGGGUAAGAUGAUUCUUGCUGGCUCUUUGGAAUUCAAAGUGGUCAACGAGAUUCUUAACAAUGUUGAGGAUACCAGGUUCAAGAAAGCUAUUUUUGACAGUGCAAUGAGUUGUGUAACCACGGAUCCUUCUGGUCAAGGAGUGCUGGGUAGUCAGGAAGCUGAAAUUGAGGGCUGCAAAAGCUUGCUGCUCUCUUGAUUCAAAAGUGAGGAACCCUUCUCUAGUUUGUGAUGGGAGUUUUUGUUUCUAUUUCUGCAUCAGGGAAUUUGAAAUGUUUUUUUCUUUUCCUGUUUAGUUUGACUUUAUCAUCUAUCCAUACUCUCAAUCAUCUACCCUUUUGAGGUAUGCUGUGUUACAAUUUAUGAUAGAAUGGCAGCACUACGGGGAACAGUUAAUUUAUUGAGUGUAUAUUUACUGAGGAUCAUAUGAGUGUGAUUAUAAAAAGGAAAAAUGUACACGGAUACUCUCAUACAUGGCUACCGAACUCUUACUUGAGAUGGACAAGUCCUUGAUGAUCCAGUUUUUUUUUUUUGUGUUAGAUCAAAUUUUGUUUUUUGAACA